CCGCGCCCGGGAGGGGGAUGGGGUGCGCGUAGACGAUCCGCGGCCCCAGUCGGACGGAGGAGCCCAGGAGCCGCCGCAGCCGCCGCGCGCCGAGAGCGCCAAGCCUCGCUGCCAGCUCAGGACACCGGGGCCGUGCCGCGGGCCGAGGGGAGCCGGGCAGCGGGAAAGGAGCCCCGGAGCCCCGCCGAGCGCCGGCCGAGAGGGCGUUUUCCCCGCCCCCGGAGCCUGGCCCGCCCGGCCCGCCCCGAGCGCGGGGAGAUCACCUCCGCCCGUCACCUCCUCCCCUGUCGCCCAGGUCCACCCGGGCCCCCUCCCCCGGGCCGCCCCCGAGCACGAAGUUGGCGGGAGCCUAUAAAAGCCGGUGCCGGCGCGACCCGCGGACACACAGUGCAGGCGCCCGAGCCGCCGCCGCCGCCGCUAGACCGUUGCCGAUUCCUGCCCUGCCCCGACCGCCGGCGCGACCAUGUCCCAUCACUGGGGGUACGGCAAGGACAACGGACCUGAGCACUGGCAUAAUGAUUUCCCCAUUGCCAAAGGAGAGCGCCAGUCCCCUGUUGACAUCGACACUCACACAGCCAAGUAUGACCCUUCCCUGAAGCCUCUGUCUGUUUCCUAUGAUCAAGCAACUUCCCGGAGGAUCCUCAACAAUGGUCAUUCUUUCAACGUCGAGUUUGAUGACUCUCAGGACAAAGCAGUGCUCAAGGGAGGACCCCUGGAUGGCACUUACAGAUUGAUUCAGUUUCACUUUCACUGGGGUUCAACUGAUGGGCAAGGUUCUGAGCAUACUGUGGAUAAAAAGAAAUAUGCUGCUGAGCUUCACUUGGUUCACUGGAACACCAAAUAUGGGGAUUUUGGGAAAGCUGCGCAGCAACCUGAUGGACUGGCUGUUCUAGGUAUUUUUUUGAAGGUUGGCAGUGCUAAACCGGGCCUUCAAAAAGUUGUUGAUAUGCUGGAUUCCAUUAAAAGAAAGGGCAAGAGUGCUGACUUCACUAACUUCAAUCCUCGUGGCCUCCUUCCUGAAAGCUUGGAUUACUGGACCUACCCAGGCUCACUGACCACCCCUCCUCUUCUGGAAAGUGUGACCUGGAUUGUGCUCAAGGAACCCAUCAGUGUCAGCAGCGAGCAGAUGAUGAAAUUCCGUAAACUGAGCUUCAGUGGGGAGGGUGAACCUGAAGAACUGAUGGUGGACAACUGGCGCCCGGCUCAGCCACUGAAGAACAGACAAAUCAAGGCUUCCUUCAAAUAAGAUGGUCCCGUAGCCUGUAUCCAAAUAAUAAAUCUUCGGGUGUUUCCGUUUAGCUAAGCACAGAUCUACCUUGGUGAUUAGGACCCUGGCUUUGUGUCUGGUUUUCUAGAAUCUUCAUCUCUCAUCUGAUAGGCUUACUAAUAAAAUGUGAAGAGCUAGACCAGUUGUCAUGCUUGACACAACUGCUGUGGCUGGUUGGUGCUUUGUUUAUGGUAGUAGUCUUUCUGUAACAGAGAAUAUAGGAUACGGAAUAGGAAUAAAGUACCUUGACUUUGUUCACAGCAUGUAGGGUAAUGAGCAUUCACAAUUGUGCGCUCACAUACUACUUUUAAAACAUAGGAAAGUAGAAUGAUUGAGGGCAAAUCCAUAGCAUAAGAUAAAUUGAGCUAGUUAAGGCAAAUCAGGUAAAAUAGUCAUGAUUCUAUGUAAUAUAAACCAGAAGAAAUAAGUGUUCAUGAUUCUAAGAUGUUAUAUUAAAGAAAAACUUUAAAAAUUAUGUAUUUAUAGCAAAGUUAUCUUAAAUAUGAAUUAUGUUGUAAUUCAGUGACUUUUGAACUACAGAGAUGUAAAUGAAGUAUUAUCUGUAAAAAUUAUUAUAGAGUUGUGAUACAGAGUAUAUUUCCAUUCAGAUAAUAUAUCAUAACAAUAAAUAUUGUAUUUUAGAUAUAUUCUCUAAUAAAAUUCAGAAUUC